CUUAGGGCAGGAUGAACGCUGCUUUCCAAGAUGGCGACGGAGGGAGGAGGGAAGGAGAUGAACGAGAUUAAGACCCAAUUCACCACUCGGGAAGGUCUGUACAAGCUGCUGCCGCACUCGGAGUACAGCCGGCCCAACCGGGUGCCCUUCAACUCGCAGGGAUCCAACCCCGUCCGCGUCUCCUUCGUAAACCUCAACGACCAGUCCGGCAACGGCGACCGCCUCUGCUUCAAUGUGGGCCGGGAGCUCUACUUCUAUAUCUACAAGGGGGUCCGCAAGGCUGCUGACUUGAGUAAACCAAUAGAUAAAAGGAUAUACAAAGGAACACAGCCUACUUGUCAUGACUUCAACCACCUAACAGCCACAGCAGAAAGUGUCUCUCUCCUAGUGGGCUUUUCCGCAGGCCAAGUCCAGCUUAUAGAUCCAAUCAAAAAAGAAACUAGCAAACUAUUUAAUGAGGAAAGACUAAUAGACAAGUCACGCGUAACCUGUGUCAAAUGGGUUCCCGGUUCGGAAAGCCUUUUCCUAGUAGCCCAUGCGAGUGGGAACAUGUACUUGUAUAAUGUGGAGCACACUUGUGGCACCACAGCCCCCCACUACCAGCUUCUGAAGCAGGGUGAGAGCUUUGCCGUACACACUUGCAAGAGCAAAUCCACGAGGAACCCUCUCCUUAAGUGGACGGUGGGCGAGGGGGCCCUCAACGAGUUUGCUUUCUCCCCAGAUGGCAAGUUCUUGGCAUGCGUGAGCCAGGAUGGGUUUCUGCGUGUGUUCAACUUUGACUCAGUGGAGUUGCACGGUACGAUGAAGAGCUACUUCGGAGGCUUGUUGUGUGUGUGCUGGAGCCCAGAUGGCAAGUACAUCGUGACGGGCGGCGAGGACGACCUGGUGACGGUCUGGUCUUUUGUGGACUGCCGAGUGAUAGCUCGAGGCCACGGGCACAAAUCCUGGGUCAGCGUCGUGGCAUUCGACCCCUAUACCACGAGCGUGGAAGAGAGCGACCCAAUGGAGUUUAGUGGCAGCGACGAGGACUUCCAGGACCUUCUUCAUUUUGGCCGAGACCGGGCGAACAGCACGCAGUCCCGGCUAUCCAAACGGAACUCUGCCGAGAGCCGCCCCGUCAGCGUUACAUACCGGUUUGGCUCCGUGGGCCAGGACACACAGCUCUGCCUCUGGGACCUCACGGAAGACAUCCUUUUCCCUCACCAGCCCCUUUCAAGAGCAAGGACACACACCAAUGUCAUGAAUGCCACGAGCCCGCCCGCCGGUAGCACCGGGAACAGCGUCACGACACCAGGCAACUCCGCACCCCCGCCCCUGCCCCGCUCCAACAGCCUCCCACACUCCACCGUCUCCAGCGCCGGCAGCAAGAGCAGCGUCGCUGACGGGGCCGUCGCUUCUGGGGUCAGCAAAUUUGCGACGCUCUCCCUGCACGACCGGAAGGACAGGCACCACGAGAAGGACCACAAGCGAAACCACAGCAUGGGACACAUUUCCAGCAAGAGCAGUGACAAACUGAACCUGGUUACUAAAACCAAAACGGACCCAGCAAAGACUCUGGGGACGCCCCUGUGUCCUCGGAUGGAAGACGUCCCCUUGUUAGAGCCGCUCAUCUGUAAAAAGAUAGCACACGAAAGACUGACUGUGUUAAUUUUUCUUGAAGACUGUAUAGUCACUGCUUGUCAGGAGGGAUUUAUUUGCACAUGGGGAAGGCCUGGUAAAGUGCCAGCAGAGCACUUUUCCUGCAGUCAGGAGGACAGAAUGCGAGGUGUUCUCCGAGACCAGGACUAAAGCUGCCCAAAGCUGCCCGCAGCUUGAGAAGAGGGCGCUGGAGGGGCAGGCCUGGCUUCUGUCAGUGGCUCCUGCAGCCCUGGGACGCAGGGAGGGGGCCCCCGGGGGACCGGGUCUCAGGUGCGGAAGGCCCAGGGCCACAAGGACACAUCUGGGGAGCGCUUUUGCAGUUUGCUCACCAAGCUUUGAGCUUCCUCAUUUGAUAACUGUUCAGUGUUGUCGCUUAAACAUUAUCCGGAGCAAGGAUAUCUUUUCUGACCUCACCUCUGGAGUGAAAUCCCUAUGGGCAAAAGGCGGACCAUGCUUGGCGGGCACAGCCUGUCUGCCGGGCGCUGAAGAAAAGCGCAGAGUGGCCCUCGAAGCCUGCUCCCCCCAGCCUGCGUGCAGGGACCGGAGCCCUCAGAGGGUCCAUCCCGCCUGCCCUGCCCUGCUGUGGCUUUGGGGGGCGGGCUUCUAAGCCCACUGGCAACUCCAGCCCUCAUCUUAGAUUCUCCUCUUCCUCGGGGGCAGGAGGUUAAAAUCCCAGAGAAGGAACCUUGCCUUUGGAAAACUGCCACCUUUUAAAAGCAAACGUGUAAGGGGGAGCAGGCCAAUUCUUUAAUAACUUUGGGUUCUAAAUUCACUUAAAUAGUGAUAAAGAGUCUUAAUUUUGUCUUUUGUGCUGAUCCAAACUUCUAGCAUUUUUGAAGUAUCCUGUGAGCCGUUGCCUUGGGACUGAGGACAAACACCUAGGAUAGGACAGGGCAGGAGUGGGAACCACGUAAGCGGUCACCGUGAUUACUGCCCAGCCAUUCAGAAGCCACGAGGAACAAAACACCACGUGACUUGACCUGCCUUUAUGGGCAUGCACAUGCGUCCCAGGGGGACUCAGGCUUCGCUGUUGGGCUUAACACCCGAGUCCUAGCUGGCAAGUUCCCUCACUCCUUCCACGUCCUGUGGUGCAGCUUGCGUUAUUAAGACAUUGUCAAGUGCUGAGUUUGAGCAGAGAUUGGUGAAGCUGCUUUAUCAGAUGCCUUCACCUGCAUCCAGGGUUCACACCUCCGGCCUUGGCAGGGAGGCUUUUGGGUUUUUUGUUGGGGAAGCUCAAAGUGUGAGGGGAAAAGCCACAGGGACAGGGAGGGCUGGAGAAGGAAUCCUUUGGGAAACCCAGAUGCUGCGUUUGUGUAUCUGACUGUCCGAGGAAGACUUAGAAGCAGAGUCCAAAUGGCUUUCCCGGGACAGCUGCAUGGAGCUCGGCGUCCCUUCUGCACCCACGGCUCGGCCGAGGCCAACCAGUCCGUGGCUUCUGAGUGACUUUCCUGUUGUGCUGGUGUGUCCGCUGUCGGGGUUUCCUUCUGCAGCGGGGAGCCUCUGCACAUGUGUUGUGGGCCUGACACCUAACCUGGCGGUGUCAGCCAUGCUGGGGACUGUCAUCUGUCCUGGUCAUCAUUGGCCCCAGGGAUGGCCCGUGAGCGUAGACGGCAGCCUGGAGAGUGGAGGCCAGGACCGUGCGUGUCUCGCAUUGAAAAGCAUUUGUGUUCAGAGCCCAAGUUCAAAGCCGUGUGAAAAUGCCCGCCCCCCAGUGUUGACCGAUGCAUUGCUGCACCUGUUACAUGAACUUCGUGUUGUGCUCACACUGCUGCCUCUCAAAGUGUAAAAGGAAGAAUUUCCUGCAUUUUUAAAUUUCUGUAUACCUAAGUUUAUUAAAGACUGCUAUGUUAGGUGACGUUGUAUAAAAUUGUAUGAUUAUUUAUCUUUAAUGAAAACCAAAAGUAAAAUCCGCAUUUCCUUUUUUUUACAUUUUCAUCUAAUUUCUUGAUGAAUAAAUUUGAUAGUCUUCCUACCAUGAAAUGUUGAUUAAGUUCUUAACUGUUAAAAUAAUUAGUGAAGCUU